AUGAACUCUCUAAAUAGGGUUUUAAUAUUAAGUUCAGCGAUACCUAAAAGUUCAAGAUUGAUAUCGACAACAAGUUCAAGAUCGAACGCUGAUGAUGGCUGGCUAUCGAAGUUAUUAGUACGAAAGAUAGAACCAACGAAGGAAUCCCAUAGUCGUAUGCUUAGCGACAAAGAAAUAAUAUAUGCUUUGCAUACUCAUAACAUUCGACCUGAUUCUGUGGAUAAAUACUUACAAAACUACAAAACUUCAGUGGCAUUUGUGGAAUCCCAAAAAUCAGAACUUGGAUGUGAGUUAGUUGGAUCAUGGACAGUAUCUGUGGGAGAUAUGGAUCAAGCACUCCAUCUAUGGCGCUAUGUUGGUGGAUUUGAAAAAAUUGAUAAAGCAAAAAUAUUAUUUAAAGAAAACCCAGAAUACCGUGCAUUAGAAAAAGAACGUGGAAACUAUGUGAGAUCUCGUCAUUUGCAGUAUUUGCUUGCUUUUAGUUUCUGGCCCACAGGAGAUCCCCGCCCUGGCAAAAAUAUAUAUGAGAUUAGAUCUUACAGCCUCAAACCAGGCACCAUGAUUGAAUGGGGCAAUAACUGGGCGCGCGGUCUCACAUAUCGGCGUUCACAAAACGAAGCAUUUGCAGGAUACUUUUCACAAAUUGGCAGACUUUACAAUGUUCAUCAUAUUUGGUGUUAUAAAGAUUUGCAAGCACGUCGCGAGACCCGUGAAAGCACGUGGCGAAACCCUGGUUGGGACGAGUGCGUGGCAUACACCGUGCCGCUUAUCCGCGAAAUGCACUGCCGUAUCCUCGAACCUACCGAAUUUUCCCCCACCCAA